AUGUCUGAUCUUGUGAAAAGAGAGAUCACAGAGCUCGCCCCAAAUGGCAGCAACUAUCUGUCUUGGUCCUUAGAUGCUGAGAUUGUCUUGGAUGGGAAAAAUCUCCUGCAUGCGAUUAAACCCACCAAUGACAAAAUUGCAACAAGUGCUGAAAGAGCGCAAGCUCUACACUUUCUCAGGCAUCACAUAAGCUCAUCACUGAAGAAUGUGUAUAUGACUGAACGUGACCCUAUAGUCUUGUGGAAUGCAUUGCAUGAACGCUUUGAAAAGAUGGAGACUAUACUUCUUCCUCGAGUAAAACGCGAAUGGCAGAAUCUUCGCUAUCAAGACUACAAGACUGUGGAGGAAUACAAUGCCAAACUCUAUGCAAUUGUUACACGCAUGAAGUUGUGUGGACUUAAGCUGACUGAAUCAGAUCUCAUAGAGAAAACCUUGUCCACUUUCCAUCCUAAACAGACAUAUUUAAGCCGCCAGUAUAAGAAAGAAAAAUACAAGAAGUAUAUUGACCUUAGUAAUGCUUUACAGCAAGACCAAGGUGAAGAUGAAGAGUUGAUGCAGAAUCAUCUAACUCGCCCUACUGGCAGCUUAAGUAAGCCUGAAGCAAAUGCUGUUUCUUCAUCACAGAAGAAUGAAGGAAAAGGAAAAGAGUCACAGAAGGCACCUUGGAAAGGAAAAAACCAGAAGUUUAAUAACUUCAAAAAGAAGGGACAGUGGAAAUCAAAGAAAAUUCCACCAGGGGGAGAAUAUGAACUCAAUGGUCAGCUCAAGAAAAGGAAGACUGAACAUGAAGCUCACUUUGUCUCUAGCCGGAAGUUUGAACAAGGUGAAUCUUCCAAGUCAAAGGAAAUGGAGAUUGACUCUUCAAAGCAUGAAGAGAAGAAUGAAGCUCCAGCUGCUGAAGAAAAUCCUGAAGAUAUGUUAGUAGAUAUCAAACCUACUGACACUAUGGAUGAAAUCAUGAAGAAUCUAGAGAAUAAAAUUCAGCAAGAUGAUGAUGAUGAUCUUCUAGGAGAAGAGCUUGAAGAUAUGCAUGGGGACUCUGUCUAA